CCAUGCCCGCAGGGGUGGUGAGCAUCGGGGAGCACAACGUCCAGGACCUGAUUGUCGCCGCCGACAUGCUGCAGCUGACCGAGGUGGUGGAGCUCUGCUGCGAGUUCCUGAAGGGGCAGAUCGACCCGCUGAACUGCAUCGGCCUCUUCCAGUUCUCCGAGCAGAUCGCCUGUCACGACUUGAUGGAGUUCACCGAGAGCUACAUCCACGCGCACUUCCUGGAGGUGCAGAGCGGGGAGGAGUUCCUGGCGCUGACAAAAGAGCAGCUGGUUAAGAUCCUGCGAAGUGAGGACCUAAGUAUCGAGGAUGAGUACCAGGUUUUCAUAGCAGCAAUGCAAUGGAUUUUGAAGGAUGUGGGAAAAAGAAAGAAAUACGUCGUAGAAGUACUGGAGCCUGUUCGAUUCCCUUUGCUACCAGCACAAAGGCUGCUAAAAUACAUAGAAAGUAUUCCAGAUUUCAGCCUUCGGGUGGCCCUGCAAACUCUGUUGAAAGAAUAUUGUGAAGUCUGUAAAUCUCCCAAAGAGAACAAGGUCAGCAGUUUUCUGCAAGCUUCUAAAGGUCGUCCCCGGAGGAAAGCCAGGAAGUACCUUUAUGCAGUAGGUGGGUACACCCGACUGCAAGGAGGACGCUGGAGUGACAGUAGAGCCCUCAGCUGUGUGGAGCGAUUUGAUACCUUCAGCCACUACUGGACCACAGUGUCCUCUCUCCACCAGGCCCGGAGUGGGCUGGGCGUGGCUGUGGCAGGAGGAAUGGUCUAUGCCAUUGGAGGUGAGAAGGACUCAAUGAUUUUUGACUGUACUGAAUGUUAUGAUCCUGUUACUAAGCAGUGGACCACUGUGGCUUCCAUGAACCAUCCCCGUUGUGGACUGGGAGUAUGCACGUGUUAUGGUGCUAUCUAUGCUUUGGGAGGUUGGGUUGGAGCAGAGAUUGGCAACACAAUUGAAAGAUUUGAUCCUGAAGAAAAUAGUUGGGAUGUGGUGGGAAGCAUGGCUGUGCCCCGUUACUGCUUUGGGUGUUGUGAAAUGCAAGGUCUGAUUUAUGUUGUUGGUGGUAUUGGCAAUGAAGGAGUAGAGCUACGUUCCGUUGAAGUCUACGACCCAAUAUCUAAACGUUGGUCUGAGCUUGCUCCAAUGGGCACCCAAAGAGCAUACCUUGGUGUGGCUGCUCUCAAUGAUUGUAUCUAUGCUGUGGGUGGCUGGAAUGAAUCUCAGGAUGCACUUGCUACUGUAGAAAGAUACUCCUUUGAAGAGGAAAAGUGGGUUGAAGUCGCAUCAAUGAAGAUACCAAGAGCGGGUGUCUGUGUUGUGGCUGUGAAUGGAUUUCUUUAUGCCUCAGGGGGCCGAGCUCCCAGUCAUGAUUUUGCUGCUCCAGUAACCUCUGACUCUGUUGAAGUUUAUAACCCUCAUAUGGACAGUUGGACUGAAAUUGCCAACAUGAUCACCAGCCGCUGUGAAGGAGGUGUAGCUGUGCUGUAAAACACAAAAAAGAAAGCUCAUUCAAGGAAUGAAUAAAUCUGUCUCCUCAGAUUUCCAGUUUCACUGGCCAGAAACCUCUUCUAACACAGGAGCUUCAGUAUAGACAGUGAAGAAUUAGAUCAGAGGGCUUUUCCUGAGCAAAAGGAAAUACUAAAACUCUUGCCCUUCAAAUUGGCUUCUCCAGUGUCUGUCUCAGGGUAUUCUGUUAAAAGUAGGAAUGCCCCUUAUGGCUGGAUUAAGCUCACUGAAAUAAAUGGUGAUUUUGCCCUGUAAAAAUCUGAAGGAGUUCCAGCACAUUAGAGACAUUAAUCAGGUUGUUAACUCGCUAAGGUGCACCAAAGCUAGCAUCCUUAGCUGGCCUUAUGAUCUGGAAGGAGGCUACUAUAGACAGCUAGGAGUUAUCUGUAGGUACGAGCAGAUGGGCUACUUGGUUAGCAUUAGUUGUCCUUUUCUGGGGGGAAACAAGAGAAGAUAACAGGUGGGGAAGGCUUGGUACCUCUGCUUUAUGACCUUAAUGCAUUUGAACCUCUUUUCUGCUGCUGGACAUGAUGGGCAUUAUAUAUGAAUCAGAUAUUUACUUUCUGGCCAUCCCACUAACUUGGAAUGCAAGUGGCUGAGAAUUUUCUGUUCUGGAAGGUUAUUCUCAGAGUUCUAAUAAUGUCAUUCCACUUCAGCAAAGGCUUUUCUUCUCAGUGGUAUCAGCAAUGACAGUAGAGCUCCUUUUUGUGUAAGCUUUGAUGAAUUUUAAAUGGAAAUGCUAUUCAUUAGAUUAGCUGUUCUGUUUAGGACUGCUCUUAGUAU